AAUUGCCUCGCAUCGUUGGAUCUGCAGUGAUAUAUAAAACAGCGAAGAUACUAUCCCAUCUUCAUUCCGGGUCGGUUCUUCGUUCUAGUAACUUCACGGAUAAUACAUCAAAGGGUGGACAGAAUGCGUGUUCUCGUGAUAUUUGCCGCAUACAUGGCGGUUGUAACCGCAUUUACAAUAAUUCCUUCAAAAAGUGCAUUGAUAGGCCAAGAUACCAAAGUCGGGAACGAAGGGAGUAGCUCUUUGGCACUGUCUGGAGCAUCCUCGUUCACGGCAUCUGGCGGAGGUUCUGGAGUUGGUGGAGGUUUUGGGGGACGGUCUUCUGGAUUUAGCGGAACUUCAGGUGGAUCUAGUGCUGGAACGAAAUCCGGUGGAGGUUCUUCUGGACUGGGUGGAGGUUCUUCCGGAUUCAACAGUGCUUCUGCUGGAUCUGGUUCCGGAACAAGAUUCGGAGGAGGUUCUGGCUUAGGCAAAGGUUCUGGAUUUGGCGGAGGUUCUGGAUUCGGUGGAGGUUCUGGAUUCGGCGGAGGUUCUUCUGGACUCGGCGGAGCUUCUGCUGGAUCUGGUGCCGGAGCGAGAUUCGGCGGAGGUUCUGGCUUUGGCAAAGGUUCUGGAUUUGGAGGAGGUUCUUCUGGAUUUGAUGGAGCGAGAUUCGGCGGAAGUUCAUCUGCAGGUGCUCGUGCACAGGCGAAAACCCAAGUCAAAUACAUCGUCAAGCCAGAGAUCAUCAAAAAGCACUUCUACUAUCACGCCUCUCCUGAGGCUGAGGCCAAAGCCGAUGCUCAGGCUAUCGUCAACAUUCAACCUCAGACGCACUACAAGGUCCUGUUCAUUAAGGCUCCGAAUCUAUCUGCUAGCGCUGGUUCUCGUUCCGCUGCUCGUACCCAAACUAAAGAAAAGACCAUUGUGUAUGUGUUGGUUAAUAAACCGGAAGCUAAUGCAGAUGCUGGGGCCGAUGCCGCGGUCGAUACCUACGCCAGUGGCAAACCAGAGGUUUACUUCAUCAAGUAUCAGGGCACAUCUAAUGCUGGUGCUGGCGCGAGUUCAGGUGCGGAUGCUGGUGGCUUUGGAGGUGACUUUGGAGAUGCUGGCUUUGAUGCGGCUUCCUUCGCCGAUGCGUUCGGUUCUGCUGGCAGUGAUGCUCUGGGUGGUUUCGGAUCUGAAGGUUCCUCCGCGUUCGAUCCUGUUGAUACAAGGUCCUUCGAUGGAUCUUCUGACGGCUCUGACGGAUCCUCGUUCAUUGAUGCUCGUAGUGGUAUUAGUUCCUCCGCGUUCGGUACCUCUGGGGAUAGUUUCUCCGGUGAAUAUCCGGCUUCCAAAGUGGGCAAAGAAGGGGGCUUCGACGCUUCUUUUGAACCAGUACCGACGUUUGUCUCCGGUGCUGCUGCUGGUGCAUCCUCUGAUUCGGACGUAGAAGGCAGCGAAGUAGUUAAUUAAGGUGGCCUUAGAGCUUUUUCAAGAUGGCAGAGCGAUUACUGGACAAACAAUUGAAAAGUCAGUGAACUUAGCGAAGCAGUAGGUCGAUAGAGCUUUUAUAGAAGUGAGAUCGAUUUUAAAAUUUUGUAGAGACGUAAAACGAAAAGAUGCCGUAACGAACAAAAAAAAAACAUAGAGAGAGAAACAAUAACCAUAAGCCUAAGAAGUUUGUAGCUAGAAGCAACCUUCAUACUACAUUUAGGAUAUGCAAAAUACAAACUGUGAAUA